AUGAAUUACCGGCGGUACCAUGUUGAUCGGGUUAAUCCGCGAGACGUUCUUCCAAGUCGUCACACGAUAUUCGUUCGAGGUCUUCCAGGUUCAACUAACGUUGAUGCAGUGAAAGAUUAUUUCUCAAAGGAGACGAAUUCGAAGUGUUCAAUUGCUUUUUCUUCAAUGUCGGAAGAUAGGGUCCGCUUCUCAGUUGCUGUUCGUUUUAAAACAAAUGAGCAGGCACGAGAAAUGCUUGUCAAGCCACGCAAUGAAGAAACCCAUGACAACUAUCACUUACCGGAUCAGAGCGUGAAUCACGAAAAACCUAUGCCCCAAGCGGGUCGCCCUAAUAGGUCCCGUCGUUCUUCAAGCACUUCGAGUUCCCGUUCAUCUUCUUACGACAGUUGUCGUCGCCCGAGGGGUUCUGAAGUUAGAGCUAGCGACAUCUAUAGAAACCAACCCGCCCCAAUAUCCUUCGACAAUCGGUCCUCCCUGUCUCCAACUGAUAUGGACUCAUUGCCCAAGAAAAGUCGCUUUGAAAAGGUUUCAGAUAAUGGCCGCUCUUUGCCGUACACCAAUAUGCCAGCCCAGAAUAGCGAGAGCUCGGGGCUUCUCAGUGGACUAAUCCAACUGAAGCGUAAACCGGCUGGAGGCCUACAUGCCCGGCGCCGACACUCGCGAUCUCAUUCACAGUCGCCAGUUAGUUCGAGUUCAGAUACAAGCUCUCCACGCGUCCCGAAAGAACCGCGUAAAAACAUCUCUCGAGGAAAGUUUUCUCCGUCUCCACCCAACUUCAAUGAAGAAAAACGUUUGGAGAGCAAAAGCCGCGUUCGUCAAACUUCUUCACCGUCCCAUCUUCCCGCGGAUGAACGUGAGGGCCAUGUUUCUGGACAUUCCGCCGAUGGCAAUCGUUGGCGUCCGGUUGAUUAUCCCGAGGACCAUUCCACCGAGCGAAAAUCUAACUUUGGCAGACCAGUUAAUGGAAUUGACUCUGCGGAUGAAAAUUCUGCAGAUGGUCAUCGUGAUCGGUCACAAGAACCAAAAUUACCUUCAUCGGAGAAGCGACCGCGACGUUUGUCUCCGUCGCCGAAGACAACUGUGACCAAUGCUGCUGAUUCUGUCGGCACGAAAAUAGUCGCGGAACCUGAGCGAAACCUUGGUAAUGAGUACAAACGGGACUGUGAAACAUUUGCUACUGUCGUUCGGACGCUUAUAAGCAAGGACAAUGAACUCGAAUCACGCUUAAUACCGUUGCUAAAGGAGAUACUCCAUGAACGUGGUCAGAAAUGUGUAGAGGAGUUGCGAGCAUCAAUAACGGAGGAACAAAAUCUGAAUCAGAGCUCUGAUGCCGUUAAAAAGCACAACGUAACCACCGCUGUAAUAAAGACGAAAGACAUCGUCCACUGCCUGAGUGAUGUUGUGCCUAACUCAGUAAACUUAACCUCUGGCAAGCAGGUGAUGCAAGUAGUAUAG